GGCAGUUGGCUUACUACUCAGAGAAGAAGAAGAAGAAGAUCCGUUGUUGUGGAGAGGAAGAAAGGCUCAAGAGAUCCGAGGAACGCUUAACGCGACAACAACGAGCUUUAAACCCCUUUUUUGUGGGUCGUUUUUCCUCCAUUUUAACCCCCCACCCUUUUCUUUUUCGCCAACAUGGCUUGUGGAGCGACGUUAAAACGGUCGAUGGAGUUCGAGGCCCUCCUCAGUCCCCAGUCUCCCAAGCGGAGAAGGUGCAAUCCACUACCGGGGACUCCCAGCACUCCGUCCCCGCAAAGAUGCAACCUCCGUCCCCCGGUCGACAGCCCGACGCACUCGAUGUCUCCCCCAGCCAUAGGAGGCGAACACAGGCUCACCCCAGGUAUGAAAUUAAAGCGUUUUUGACGUUUUUAUCUGCGUUUCAGGGUGGGUGUCAUGGGGGAGGGGGUUUGGGUGGAGUGGAAUGGAUAGCUAGCUAGUUUGGAGGAUCAGAAUGGGGGUUGGAGGCUAAACGGUAACAUUAGCUUAGCCGGGCUAACUCCAGGAAAGAGAAUGUCGUUGCUUAGUUACCGACACAGAUAAUAUUAACUAAUCAGAGUUAAUCAAAAGGCCUUAAAAGUGAAAACGGCUGUGUAGGAAUGUAUGUGCUACCAUUUUGCUACCUCAUUGUAUUGUUGCAUACCUGAGUAAGUUAGCUUUUAGUCACUGAUUUUGAUUUGCACGGGAUAAAAACGCUGUUAAAGCUCAUUAUAUAUAGCUAAUUAAAUCAUAUUCAUAGCCCAGAAGCAGUUAAAAGUAGCUAUCUGACUUCUCUUUAUGUGCUUAUUUGUGUUUUGGUCAAAUAAUUGUUUUUGGGGGGAAUCUAACAAAAGAUCCCAGCUUUACCGUGAUACCUGUGUGACAAAUCCAGCCUGUUGGCUCCCUUAUUAAGAGACAAAUGGUAUCACAGCAGCAGGCACAUCAUGGCAGGCUGUUAAUGAGGAGCUGCCUGGGUAAUGUUCCUUGGUUUUAGUGCCACAAUUGUCUUGCACAGAGGUGGGGGGUUACCAUUAUGCACCACUACCAUUUCUUUUCCUCUUCAGGGCCACGGGGUAUUGUUCAUUUCCUUUAUGUCUGUACUCUUUCUCCCUCCCUUUGACACAGAGAGCACCACUGUAGGUGUUGGGUGGGUGUGGGGCGCACAAAGUAGACCCAAGAUUAUUACCUCGAUGAUCCAGUUAAAGCACUCGGUGUGUGCCAGUUGCUGAGGUUGGUCAGUGUGAUGCUAGUGAGAGGUGUGAAUAUGUCUCUUUUUGGAAUUAAAUCAUAACAGAUCUAGAUUUGAUUGAAGAAAUGAUAGCAAGAGAAAAGCUAUUUUCUGUUAGAGAUGAUCUAUCCUACAUUGUAACCUGGUUCUUGUGUGUUGAUCCACUGACCUCAACCCUUUCAACAGUUAAUUCAAAACAUAUCUUUAAUCUUUGAAUGUAAAAGAUUGUGGUCCUCUUUUCGACAGCCAAAGCUGUGGUAUUACCCCCAAUUUCCUACGCAUCCGGAACAGCUACGAAAAGGCCGUAUCCGUCGAUCGUAGCUGAUCGUAAUCAUUCAAGUUAUUGUGUCAAUUUCCAGUGGCUUCUUUCCGCUGCGGAUCGCUGGACUCCGCAGCUGAUCGCCACAGUUCGUUUUUUUUUUUUUUCGGAUGCUGGAGCGUGCCGGAUAAAUUCAGCACAGAUUAACCUGUGCCUCACAAAUGGAUCCGGUAGGAAUUGGCGUACAGCGAAAAUUGUUGCCGUUCUGGAUUGAAGCCAUUCCGGAUCUGAGUCGUUUUGGAUGCGGUAGAAAUGGAGUCUUAUUCUGCGUUCGAGUUACCUCUGAAGUCAGAAGUCCGAGCUUAAAAAUGAUGUCACACCCGAGUUCCCAGCGUUUCAGUUACCAAGUCGGAAAAAAGCAAAAUUGUAGGACUGAAACAAGAUGGCUACAUCUACGAAAGUUAUUUUAGCGCUUGCAUUAUAUUCGGACAAGGCAAGCGCUUUUUUCCAACUUGGUAACUGAAACACUGGUUACUCUGGUGUGAUGUCAUUUCAGUUUGGAUUUCUAACUUCCAAGAUAACUAGAAUGCAGCAUUAUUGUAUGUCACCACUGCAGGACUUCCAGCCAGCAUUUUGUCUCAUUUCUUUGCUUUUUGACUUAGGAUUCAGUCGGUACUCUACAUGAAAGAUUUACUAGCUGGGAAAGCUGAAAGAAAAGUCUCAUGUGAGCUGUAGGUUAAAAUCAGCUGGGUUAGGAAAGGGCCAACAUUUUGAAGCCUGCUAUGCUAUGUCAUAUGUAUCAAAACAAGAAGCAGUUCAUGGUUUCUGCUGCUCAUGUUCUUUUUCUUUUUGCACUAUCAGAAAAAAGGCCUCAUGAGAGCCUCAACAGAGGCACACAAACACAGAUGUAGGUGUUGAUGGAGAUGUCUUCACAGCUGGAAUCCUGUGAAAUGUCUUUGUGUCUGACUGCCUCUAGUGAAUUGUGUUACACUUAUCCUGGUAAGCCAGAGUCCAGUAAUGAUUCAAAGAGUAUUUUGUUUCUCAUGAAGCUCAGAGCGCUUCUUUGAAUAUGUAGUUUCCUCGAGGUGACGCUCAUGUUGUUGCCUCUGUCAUUCCUCAUAUGCAAUCAGACAUACUUGUGACUUAUCCCUCUGGGUGGGAGGGGUAUGUCUUAAGGAUCUGCGUUUAUGUUUGUGCAGAAAAUGAAUUAUUCACAUUGUUCUCUUUCAGAUUGCUUGCUCUGGUGUUGUUCAUUUACCUCGAACAUAAUGUUAAGAAUCCAGAGAGCCUCUGGUGCGCUCCAUCUCCUCUGUAGUCUGUCCGUCUCGCUGAAUUACAGCACAGCAGCUGCAAGUAAAUCUGCAAGUAAUGCACAUUUGUCUGCUGCAGACAUGAGGCCCAGAUUCCAGGUAUUAUACUCACCUUCAGCCAGAAAAGAGGCCCCUUGUGGGACUGGUGCUGCAGGCCUGCCCUUCUUCUGUGGUUUGCCAAGCGAAAGCAGUUUUGUAUUUUGCGAAAGGUCAGCUGUCAUCCCUCCCACCCGUCUCUACCCACAUCGGCUUUCCAGCUAGUCAGGUUUGCUAAUGGUGAGCAAGUCGGGGAGUGCAGAGGAGACAAGGGGAUCUUAACAGAUAUUUAUAGGUAAUUAUUUCAUGAUGAAGUUAGAGUUUCCCCCCCUCUGCUGUCUUUUUGUGCUGCCAGUCCGGGCUUGCUCUUUUGGUGAGUUCCCCCAGUUGACAGAUAAAGUAGAACUUGUUGACUAUUAUGUUGCUGUAUUUAAAGUUUCCACAAAACCUCUUAGAGUUACUCAAAGUCUUUUCUUCAUGCCGCAGUCAGCUUCUGAAACAUCGUUUGUCAUCAUCUGUAACAUCUUCUCUACAUUUGUCACUCCCAAAGCGGACACUCCUCACUUCCUCACUGCGAGGGCAACUUGAACUGACCCGUAAUACAUCACGAGCUACUUCCUGGCAGUUGGAACAUACAAAACCCACCUCCCCCCAAACAAUCCUUUCGCAGUGGAGGGUGAAAUGAAAUGAGUCAGCUUUGUUUUCUCUGCACCACCAUGUCCAAUCUAUCCAGCCGAUCUCCCUUUCGUAUUCAGUAUUCGGCCUGUGCUUAAGCCUUUUAGCCAAGGCUUUCUCCACUGUUUCCCCCUGGCUCCCGGAAGUCUCUGUGAUUGAUUGCUUGGCCUGGUUUUGGCAGGGGUCAUUGUUGCCAAGCAACACCCACAGUCGAGGCGCUAGUAGUUGGCAGAUCUGGAAGUGAUGGGCAGCAAGAGAGGGGUUUUCAUUCGUCAGCUGGAUAAACCCCGAAGUGGUGAUAACAACAAAUAACAAGUGUCGACCUUUUUUCAUCUACCUUGGCUUAAAAUGUGACUAAAUUUGGUUUUGAAUGUAAUCACAGCUUUGAUUUAUUAGAUGUGCAUUCAGAUGUUUUACUUUUAGUUUGUACAUUGAGUCCAAGUAACGCGAUUGCAUCAAAGCAGAUUUGAAAGCCAGUGCGAGCGAGUUUUUCUUUCAGUUCUCUCCAGAGACGGCAUCUUGCUCUCUUAUGCUCAAACAGCUUUUGUUUAAACAACAAUCACGCUGAGCUCUUGUGUGCUCUUCAGGGUUUCCCCCAGGAAAUUGGUAAGCGAGGGUGGUUGAAAACAGGCAAGCAAGACACGAGAAUGAAAACGGAGACAAGACUUUCUGUCUUGCACCGAAUUCCCCUUGAAAUUCUAAGAUUGGGUUAAUUAUCUGGGGAAAACUGAGGAGCCGUUUAAUGGGAUUCGGCCUAAUUUAAAAUAUGUGCUUCAGCUCGUGUUAAGGUCAGACUCUCAAACAGACUGUGUCCUAAAUCUCUGUGUUGUGUUGAGACUGUCUGAUCAGAGUUGUCAGUGGUGUUACCAUUGAACAACUAGAGCUGUUAAGAUAUGAUUCAAAGUGCUGCUCUGAUAAUACUUUUCUUCCUCACAUAGUUUAUGAUUGCAGGACUAGAGGUCCUUUCGCACCGGGAUCGUUUUUGUCAUGCGAUUAUUUCGGACGUCAAUAUUUUUUUCCCAACCCGUAUCCUGUCAAUACAGGCGUUAACAUAAGUGACGUUUUCCCAUCCUGCGAUAUUGCGGCAUUUAUUUUUUCGGAUCAUGUUCGAUUUCAACUUCGACCUGAAGGACAACUUGUGGAGAGUCAUAGCGUCAGAUUUCUCAUGACGAUAUUUUGUGUGCCAUAAACAGUUUGCUAAACGUCUUUGUUUUAACUUUCAUCUGUGCUAAUGUAUGCUAACUGUUGUUAUCAUAGUUUCAUGUGCUUAUCUUAUCACCUCUGAUAGGCUAUAAGUGCUGACCGUUUGGCUUGAGCAUGUGAUGACGUUUCCAGCUUUACUAGCCAAUCAGAGGCGAAGGAGGCGUGACUUUCCCUGGCAAAAGUCUUCCCCGGGAUGCCUCUUUUCCCCCGAAAAGUCACAAAAUCGCAUCGGGCUCGAUGUGUAUAGUCAGGUGCGUCAAAAUUCACCUCCGAAUAUUUCGUACUUUCGCGUUCUAUAUUCGUGUCGGCCCCGGUGUGUAAGGACCUUUAUGGUCACAUGACAUGGAAGCUGUUGAAGAAAAUGUUCAAAAUUUGCCUUUAAAUUUAACACAAAGAUUUAUGAGGACAAAUUAGGGAAAUAAAAAGGUGUGUCUUAUUGGUCGACAUAAAUAUUAUUUGAAAUCAAUUUUAGGUCAAUUGGUCACAUGACAUGGAAGCUAUUGAAGGAAAAUAGCCUUCUCUGAGAAGAUCAUUUGGUAAUUGAUUGAUGGUCCCUUAUUCAACACCCGAUGUUGACAGCGGAGAUGCCGAGUAGAUUUAAUUGCGUUGCGUCGCUCACGUUUAUUUUUAGUCGCAAAUGUGAGUGAUAUGGUCGCAAUAUCGAACCCUGGAUUGUCAUCGAUUGUGUUAUGUACAUACAGUUGAUUUAAAGUAGAAGAAAAAGUAAAGGAGUCUUGCUGAGCUGAAGUCACACCUUCACACUGCGUGCCAGCAUUGAUGGAAUACCAAAGAUAUUUCAGCUCUAAUAUAAAACACACAGCGAUCUGCAAACAAACAGUCCCAGUCUCACUGUCUUAGUGUGAAAAGAAGAUGUUACUUCUGCAGUGACAUGGCUUUAUGUGGAGUGAAUAACGCAGUCGUGGCUAAACAAACAGAGCCUGUCAGAUAAGGGUCCUGUGCUGUUAAUACUGGAUGCUUUCAGAGGCCACAUGCAGCGAGAGGAGGGGUCUUAAAGGAUCCAGCUCGUAAAUGCCAACACAUUGAAGUUGAGAAAUCCAGCCCUAAAAUAUAAUCUAUGAUUAACACACCACAUAAGAUUCAAGAUUUCAAAUAUGCUGCCAUUUUAAGAUUUUUAUUUCUUAUUGUGCAGCUUGCAGUGCCACACUUCUCCCAGUCCACUUCCUGGUUAUUUUUGAGCUGCUUCCACAGUCUUGAGAAAGACAGUAAUUUGUGUGUGGUUGUGUGCAGCAAAGCUGGAUCUCCUCUUCAGCUAUGGGGGUCCAGUAUGAUUAUCAUUCAGGUCAAAAAGUGAAGAUGAUUUUCAUUUUUAUCAUUUGACUACACUAUGCAUUCAAAUUCAUUCAUGAACUCGACUUGUUUCCUGGUUACAGGCCACAUGUGUCUUUCUUGGAUGAUGAGGAAAACAGGAUUUUCUCUACAAACAAGCUUACUGGUGAGCAGGCUAAAGUGACUGCAACAUGGCCUCUAGCUCCCUCCCCACCCAAGAUAAAUAGGCUCUGCUCCCCAGAUAGAGGAAACAUAUGUACUCAAUGAAUCGAGGCAGAUAAAGUCCCCCCUCUACAUUUGGUUAUCAGCUCUGGUUGAGGCCAUGGUGUUUUUCUCAUGUUUUUCCCAGGACAUCUCUGAACCUUCACCUCCUAAUUGGAUGUAUGUGUGCUGGCUGUAACCCGUGUUUAAGCUGCGUUGACACUGCACAGCGGGGCAGUGCAAGACUGUUUUUUUUUUUUAACAAGGAAACAUCGAAGAUCACUGCAGGCAGCGAGUGUGCAUGAACUACAAUUUAAAUACCUUUCAUGGACUCGUGGUGCCUGUGGGUCCCACUGCACGUUCAUUUUGUUCAUCUUAAGUUGUAGCCCCGGGGCUUCAACUACCAGCUAACAAAACUACAUUGUGAACAACUCAAAGAAGUGUGUUGACUCAACAGCAAAUUUAUCGACAUUUAAAAUACUGGUGUGCAUUUUAAGAUAAAUACAGGAGGUUCAUUACCGAACCUGGCACUUGUAGCAGAGUCCUAGAAGAGAGAGGAGGUGACGUUGGUUGGCAAUGUCAUGGAGCUUAGUCUGAGCUUCACUUUCCGUCUCUGUUUUUAUGUUUCGCAGACUCAUUAAUUGUGAUGCGAAGAUGAAUGCAGAUGAUGCAAAACAAUCCUCAGUUAUGUCCCAGGAUAUGCAAUCAUUAACCAAGCUUAUUAAGUGGCUAUGUUAAGCACUUAAUUCUGAUUGGUCAAUACUGUAUCGCAGUGGUCUGCUAUUUCGUAAUAGCAGGGGAUGCCAUGCAUAACAUUGACUUUAAGCCUGAACACUAUGAAAUGUUAAGUUUUCUAAUCAGUAAAAUCAUUUCAAUCAGUUUUUAGAGUAAAAUAUAUUUUUUAAGAAGGUAGCCAUGUGGUUGUGUUUAUUUUGCUUACUUACUUUACACCUUUUUAAAUAUUGCUCUUUUUCCAUUGACAGCAUACACAUGUCCUGAGUAUUAUGGUUUGGAUUUGGGUUUUAGGUGUCCUAUCAUUUUGGAUUUGUCAUAUCUUUAUAUCAGAAACCAGAACGAGCCUCUAUCCCAGAUUAGUGAGACCUGAUUUUGUUACCCAGAGAACAAAAGAAACUUGAAUACUGUGGCAGGUAUACACCUUGGCCCAAUUUCUGACAGAUGCUGUCUACCUGUGCAGGCACGGCCUCAACAGAGAGACUUGGCAGCAUAAACAAACAUGGUAACAACAGGAGGGUCUUACAUCUGGAGCAACUAAGAAAACAGUUUUUUUUUUCUUUUGAUAAUGAAAGAAUAAACUAUAAGCAGGUUCAGCCAAGUCAAAGCAGCGCUCUGCCGACUUAUUAUGAUCUUUGAUGAACAAAGUACAGGAAACGUAUUUGUCUAAGGUACGGUGGAGCUAGUUCGGUCAUGUUAGAGUGCUGUAAAAAAACACAACUGUUUGGCUGAACAUCAAAACAAAUGAAGUGAGUCAUUUUUCUUUGAUUUGAAAAAUGCUCCUUGUAAAAAAACAAGCAGAACAGACACCUGUGCCAAUAAGACGAAAUCAGGAUACAAGUAUUUAUCAAGUACACAGGGAUAUGAAUAACCAGGUCACUCUGUGUGCACAUAAACGGUAUGUCCUCAAUGUGAUUGAGAUAUGAGAUAUGCUGGAUCGUAUGUGUUUUUCUUGGUAAUCUUGAUAACAUCAACCUUUUUACCUUAAAGGGAAACAUGAGUAUUUUGUAAAUAAGCAUGAUUUACCAGACCUGAGCUCCUCAGUAUGUAGCUUGCCAACGACUGUACUCAGCUCCAUUAGUGGUGCUUCAAAAACUGAGAGCUGAUUAAGUUGGACAAGAAAUGAGUUGUACCAUAACACAGAUCCGUUCAACUUGGAACAUCCACUAAAAUAUUGAGAAUCUGAGUAAAGCUUCGACAGCUCCCAGGAGACGCUCAGAGGCUUGUAUUUUCUCCCAGUCUCUUCUUCUUCACAUAAAAGUUCUCACCAGCUGUAGCUUUGCAUGAUGCAGCCAACAUGAGAACAUCUGACAGAGAAGUGAAAGUGGCGCAUGAACUGGGUCAGUUAGUCAGCAGCGUGCUGUCAUAGUUCUGAGUAUGUCGGCCUUUAACGCCUUCACUUCCGGUCCAGUGUUUUUAUUUAAACAAAGUCAUGUGAGACCGAGCGGCGCACGGAGGAAGUGAGCACAGCUGUAGUUAAAUUUAAUAACACUUGAUGAUCAUGCCUUCCUCUAAUAGUUCCUGUUCAUGCUGGCAUAUAUUCAACAUUGUACGAAAGUGGUUGUGGUGGGCGUAGAAAGAAAGAGCAGACAAAGCUAAUGAGAAAACUGGUUGUUUCCUUUUUCUAGUGAAUCACUGUCAAACUCAUUCAAGAGAAAACAAUGAUAUCACUGGGGAAACCUCUUCUGAAUAGCUUUAUGGGAAGUCAUGACUGUUGAAAUAAAGACUUGAGCAUAUGCUAUUUAUGUACAUCUGAAAGCUUUAAGAGUCUGUUGUAGUCUUUCUCGACUCUCGCCACUUUUGAUGCGUUUCCUGACAUUAUUUUUAACAUUUCUUGCCCCUGUCUUUUCUUUCUCCCUACAGAGCAGAUCUUCCAGAACCUGCGUCAGGAGUACAGCCGGAUCCAGAGGCGGCGGCAGCUGGAGGGGGCCUUCAACCAGACCGAGGCCUGUAGCUCCACCGACGCCCCCAGUCCCAGUUCUUCCCUAAACGCUCCCAGUUCCCCACCAGGUAAAGAAUCGACUGUUCUGCUUCACAUAAACAUAAACAGUUGUUUGUGGCUUUUACCAUGAGUUUUGUUGAUGUUAGUUUAUGAAUGCCUUUCCACAUUCAUAACAUGUUUGUUUCAUGUGAGGGACGCUGUUCAUUUAUAGAGGUAUGCCUGAUCAGGAGCUACAUUUUUCGGUGUCUUGUCCAGAAGAAGAAGAAGAAAAAAAAAAAAGAGUAUUUAGAUCAGUUUGAGAUUUUUCAGACAUGUGAAGAAGGUACGAAAGAGGAUUAGGGCCACAAGAAGAGAAAAGAAUGAUUACAGGAGGGAGAUUUUUUAUUUCCAUUUCGAGAUUAAAAUAGAAAUUUUAAGAUCAAAAUUGAUAUUUAAAUAGGUGAAAUUUUGACUUAAACUCAAAAUUUUAAUUUUUUUUAAUCUCAAAAUUUGGCAUUGUUCACAACUUUUCCACAUUUUUAAUCUCGAAUUUUCGACUAACCUCAAAAUUUACAUUUUAAUCUAAAAAUUACGAAUUUAUUAACUUACUUUCGAUUUUCUUAAUCUCAUAAUUUCUACCUUAAUCUCAAAAUUUCGACUUAAAUCUCCUUUGCGUAAUUAUUUUUCUCUCUUCAUGUGGUCCUAAUCCUCUUUCCUAAGGUUAUAUGACACCAAAAAAGUAUAAAAAAUAAAAAAAGUAAAACCCGACAAUGUCUUAGUCAGAUUUCCUAUCUGUGAAGUUCCCCUACCUCAUUGCAAAUGAUAACAUUACUCAUUAUACAAGGCUUGCCAAAAGGCCCACAGCUGGAAAAUCGAACCCCAGUCCUGUUAGGAUGAUAUACCCAUUCUGUUGACUCUGGCUAUUCUUCUAAAAUUCCUUAAAAAAAAAGAUACUGUGUCAUUAUUUUAUCUGAAAACCAAAUAAUCAGCGCUUUCAUGCUUUUGUUGUUUGUGAAAGGAUAACAAAUCAAACUUGUACAAAGAGCCGAAGUGUCACACAGUCAUUUAGAUUUGCUGCAAUAAUGUGCAGACCUUACAGAUUAAGAGAGGACGUAAUCUUUUCUUUGUCAACAAGAUAAUAAAUCCACAUGUCAUGCAGAUAAAGUAGUAAACCACAGAAGAUUGAACCCAGAAAGAAACAACCGAGAUGGAAUUCUUUGUGGCUGAAUCAGACAGUAGACUUGAGAGACCAGGCAAUUUUAAUAAAACAGCUCUUCAGAUGGGUAUGAUGAUAAUGUUUUUCUGUUUUCAUAAUGAAGUUGUGUACAAAAACACAGAAAUCUCACUGCUGUAGCCUCUGAAAUGUGCAUCAUUUGUGGUUGUGUCCAUCUGUUGUUUACAUUUGCGCCCGUCAUUAACUCUACGUGAUGUAAAGUACAAUUAGCCAAGCGUUAGGUGUUUACUCGUCCUCCUUUUAGUAACACAUUUAUCUUGUAGCAAAUCUGGACCAGUCCGACGUGUAAGAGAACAAUCGGUGGUUGGAGUGUUUUUAUAAUCCAAGCCUCGGGCCGUCUCUGUCUCGCUUUGCUGUCUGCAGUAUCGUCUCAUACAUCACGCUGACCGCGCUGUUAGUGACCCGGCCUCUUUCUGUCGCCGAGACGGCCAUUAAAGCUUCAUCCUCGAUCUGCAGUCCUCGCCUGUGAUUUACCAACAUUUUAGUCUAAACGGUUUAUAGCACACCUCGAGUAAGGCUUAGCCGGCUCCGGCACUACUGCGAAGCGAGACACUCAGAAAGAGCUCGCAUUAGUGCUGCGUGACCCUUUCAGCCCCCAGAGGUGAAGGUUGAAGGAAAAACAAAGCUGUAAAUUUGCACCUGUCCGAACACCUUGUAGAGGACGUUUCUCUCUCAGACGACAACAACAGGGAUGUUUUUGAUUCAGCCUUUUUUUCUGAUUUUGUGCUCCUUAGGUGCCUCAAGGAAGGACCAACCCUCGUUUACGCUGAAGCAAGUGAGCUACCUGUGUGAGCGGCUGCUGAAAGACCACGAGGAGAAGAUCCGGGAGGAGUACGAACAGAUCCUUAACACAAAACUCGCAGGUAAUGAAAAUCCCCCCCCCAUAAAAAAAAACAUAAUGAUAAAAGCCCGAAUCCCCCAGGACUUGAAUAUCAGCUUUUGUAGACUGGAGGUUGAUCCAUUCCCGCAGUGAAGGAGCGAUAAAGUGUCUCUCUGUGUAAUGAGGAAACAUUCAGCCGCCUCCUUUUAUGAGUAUCUUUUUUAUUAGAACUGAUAACGUCUGCAGUACUGGCAUCCGCGAGUUCCUCCGACAGAUUUUAUGUGUGCCUGUAGGUGCCAAGACUUUGCAGAAGCAGGGAACAAGUGCAGCAAGGAUUGUAUUCGGUGUAGGAGCUGAGGCAACACUGCAUUCACUUAUAUCAAAUCGGGAUAGAGCAGGUUCUAUUCAAGAUGCUAAUUUAUUUAAAUCGUUAAACAGCAAGUUCAGUGUGUGUAUAGAGAAACUGGGCUCUUGCAUGAAGUAUUUGCAGUGUUCGAACCUGCGUCCUGACUGUCUGUGUCUUUCCAUCUUUCCAGAACAAUAUGAAUCUUUUGUGAAAUUCACACAAGACCAGAUCAUGCGAAGAUACGGCGCCCGGCCUGCGAGUUGUAAGUAACUCGAACCGCCUUUUAAAUCACUGUUUUGUGUUUGUUUUUGUUCCUGAAAUUCAAUAAUAAUGUUAUUAUUACCGUCUGUGCCGCUCAUCUACCGUCUCAAUCGUUUCAUUUGUUUCAGACGUCUCCUGAACUCACAUCGAUGAGCUCUCCAGCUUCCUCUCACAAGAUGGCUGCUUGUCUUCAGCCCCCUCCCACAUGAUUUUUAUUUUAUGUACCAAUUUUUACCCCCCCUUCCAUCUCAAACUGUUUGGGUGCCAUGGUUUACCUUCUUUUUAAUCCAAACUUUGAUUUCUUACUUAUAAAACUAUUGCUGCUGGCCAAAAGCUAGAAGAAUCUGAAAGAUAAACUAUGUACGCAGCCCAACACCUUUCCUUGUCAAUAUACUCUCUCUGGAAAAUCCUGACUAAAGCAGAUCUGUGUCAAAUCUCUUGCCGGUGCUGUAGAAAAAGCUUAUUGGCUCAUGUGAUCAGUCUGUAUAACCUUCCAGCAGCUGUAUUUAAAGGCUCCUGCUUCUCACUUUGUUCCUUUCUUACCCCUCCUCCCCUCUCUUCCCCUUUUCCCCCGUCUCUCAUCACAACUCUUUACCCGAGAAUGUGGAUUUUUCUCCCCUUUUGAAAAAAAUAAAAGUUCUGUGAUUUAAAUUUGUCA